AUGAUUUUAUUUAUUACUGUUGUUUGGAUUUCUUUGGCACAAGCAUGUCAUCCACAGUUUGAAAAGGAGCUACGAUAUCUGGAUCUCUACUUGGGUAUUCGACCUGAGAAUCAAGGGGAAAUCCUUAAAAAGACACCACCUGAAUUCGCCGAAUAUGUGAAAGAGGAUCGGCAGCUGGAUUGCGAUUUCCAAAGAGAAUGUUUAUGGAAAAACGCGGAUUCCGACGGUUUAUUGGACACAUCCGAGUUCUGGUUGUUCAAGAAAAACGAUGAGAAAGUUUUCCCGGUUCAAGUGCAACCAGGGAACGCGAAUUUGCAAAUUGGCACAAGAUUCAUGAUAGCUGGAAACACGACAAAACUCGCGCAAUCAGCUGUUCUUCUCAGCGCUCCAUUGGCAUGUCAUCACGGGAUGGCAAAUAUCACUUUCAACUAUUGGCUGUACAAUCUCGGCCGUGUCGAGGUGAUGGCGGUGAGACCGGAGCCAAGGAGAGGACAUUUGAUGGUAAUCGAACGCGGCAAAGCGGAUUGUCAUUUCCUGAAGGAGAGCGGUCAUGUCUGUUCGGCGUUGAUCCCCGCUGUCAAACAGCCGUAUCGAUUGGCCAUUCGAGCUUUUAACCUUCGCGACAAUACGGUUGGAUCAAUGGUGCUUAUCAACAAUAUCACCGUCAAAGCUGAUUUGUGCAAUGAGUCGCCUUUCCCACUUCUAUUCAACUCUGUUCCUUUGAAACCCCGUCCACGAGCUCAUCCAUCUGCUUUGAAAGAUGCAUCAAGAUCCACGACGAAACCGACAAAAUCUUUCCUUUUCAUGGCUGUUGAUCCAUUGACUCCGAAACCGUAUGGAACGCUGAGAAGUCAACUCAUUCCUUGUACAUCAAAGUUGGCCACUCUUUCAUUCAGAUACUGGCUCCGCGCCGGCACUCAAGUCGAGGUUUGCUCAGUUGAUGAGAAUGAUGUUCCCCUGUCGUGCGCAUAUUUAAGUGAAGAGGACUCGCCUGGGCCAAUCCAAAUCGACAUCGAACCGUAUAUGAAACCGUUUAGAUUCACAAUCGAUCUGAUUGCUUUCGACGCGAAUUCGAUGGGACUCGUCGUAGUGGAUGAGCUGAAAUUCAUCGGUGGCCAGCUUUGCAUCGAACAUCCGCCACCAAUCCCAACUACAAUCGAUCCACCAACGGUUGCUCACAUGUUCGGCCUUCAACCGAAACCAUUAUUAGGAGCCAAUGAGUAUCGCUUAUCUUUGGAGUGCGACUUCACAAUUGAUCAUUGCAAUCAAUGGGUGAACGAUGACGGGAAACUUCAAUAUGGAGCCGUUCCACAAACUCUCGAAGACUUUCCAUUACCUAAACAAAUCAACGGCAAUGUGGCGGUGCUGAUGUUGAAAGGCAAAGACGCGUCGUCGAUUCGAUCUCGAGAAGUCCCAUGUGCAUACAACUCUCUGAUCACCAUUCAUUAUAUGAGAUCUCAAUUCGGUUUCCUUCGCGUUUGCGCUCUUGGUCAAUGCAUGGAGGGGAAAAAGUUGAACGGAACGCUUCAAGUUCAAAUCUCUUCAGAGAAGCCUUUUGAGAUAAUCAUCGAAGCCUCGUCCAAAAAAAACGCUAUCAUCGUCAUCUCAUCUAUUGAGGUUGAAGGUGACAUUUGCCCACUUCGAACUGUCGAACAAAUUUUGUGUGAUCGAAUAAAAUGCGAUUUUAAGGAGCACACAUGCAAUUACGAGUCGACAAUGGAGACUGGUGACCGGAAUUGCUCAUCGGGACGAAUGGCGGUGUCUGCACAAUCGCUGGCCAUGACGCAAAAACGAUGCGUCCUUCGCUCAUCAUAUUUUGAUUUACCUGCCCCAGCCACACUCAUCAUCGAUGUCACGCAAGGCUCUUUCUUAUCAGUUAAGUUUCACUUUCGGCUCCCCGGGUGCUCCCUUUGUGCUGAUGCGGAUACCGACUCGGACAACUGCCACGAAUUGUUGGGACCAAGAGUCUUAACCGCAUCACCGCGAAAAGUCGAGUUUCCACUAGACGAGUCGGUUCAUCAGUUUUCUCUUGUGUUUUUCCAUGAUAAGGCUGAUCAAUUUGGAGCCGCUCGCUUUGAAAUCUCUUCGAUCGACAUUCGAGCCGGUGAUGGAUACAAAUUUUGUUUU